GCAGUUGCUAGGCGCUCGCGUGUCUCAGCUGUAGUAAAUGCUAUAGUAAACAGUCCGUGGCUACACGGAGUAGCUGUGCAGUGUACACAUAUAGCAAAACAGCUUCUAUACAGGCAUGUAAGGAGACUGGUUCGGACGAAAGCUCAAGGAGACCAACAGAAAUAUCUUCGGGGUAAAAAUGCGCUGCCAGAUUCUGAAUUGCAUGGCCAGGAGUAACCUUAGUUAUUGAACAGAGGCAAGGCAAGGUCCUCUCUGUCAACCAUGAGUACACUCGUGGAGCCGGGUGAUGUCCACACCAUUGCCCCCGAGAUGCCAGCCAUGUUUGAUGGCAUGAAGCUGGCUGCUGUCGCAACGGUGCUCUAUUUCCUGGUGCGCUGUCUGAAUCUGAAGAGUCCCACGGCCCCGCCUGAUGUCACCUAUCAGGACACGCCCCUCAAUCGCUACCUGCUCAAGUCCUGCCCCAUCCUGACCAAAGCGUACAUACCACCGCUGCUGUGGGGGAAGAGUGGACACCUCCAGACGGCCCUGUAUGGGAAGAUGGGGCGUGUCAGCUCCCCGACCCCCUGUGGGGUACGCAAGUACCUCCUCAUGCAGGAUGGGGCCACUGCCACCUUUGACCUCUUCGAGCCGCUGGGUGACCACCGCACUGGAGAUGACAUCACAAUGGUGAUCUGCCCGGGGAUUGGUAACCACAGUGAGAAGCACUACAUCCGCACCUUUGUGGAUCACUCCCAGAGGCAGGGAUACAGGUGUGCUGUUCUCAACCAUCUGGGGGCCCUGCCCAACAUCGAGCUCACCUCGCCACGCAUGUUCACCUACGGUUGUACAUGGGAGUUUGCAGCCAUGGUAGGUUACAUCAAGCGGGCCUUCCCCCAGACACUGCUCAUCGUGGUGGGCUUCAGCCUGGGGGGGAACAUUGUGUGCAAGUUUCUGGGGGAGAACAGGAUCAACCAGGAGAGAGUGCUGUGCUGCGUCAGUGUCUGCCAGGGAUACAGCGCACUCCGGGCCCAGGAGACGUUCCUACAGUGGGACCAGUGUCGGAGGCUCUAUAACUUCCUCAUGGCAGACAACAUGAAGAAGAUCAUCCUCUCCCACCGGGGCAGUUUGUUUGGAAUGAACUCGAGCAAGAUGGACGACGCAGACCUAAGCCGACUGUACACAGCUACCUCUCUAAUGCAGAUCGAUGACAAUAUCAUGAGAAAGUUCCAUGGUCACGACACGCUGAAAGAGUACUACGAGAAGGAAAGCUGCGUACACUACAUUCACAAUGUCAAUGUGCCUCUUCUGUUGGUCAACUCCUCAGAUGACCCUCUGGUCCAUCAGUCACUUCUGACCAUCCCACGCACACUCGCAGAAAAGAAGCAGAAUGUGAUCUUCGCCCUGACGCUCCACGGGGGUCAUCUGGGCUUCUUCGAGGGGGCUGUGCUGUUUCCCCAGCCACUCACCUGGAUGGACAAGGUCAUAGUGGGCUAUGCCAACGCAAUAUGCCAGUGGGAGAGACACAGACCGCCCUGCCAGAGGACACGUCGUGGUCCCUGUCCACAGGCCAAACGUAAAGCUUAAUGCUCACGUAUGUUGUAUGGACACACACUGCCAGGGAUAAAACAGGGAUGCCAGGACUGCCAUGAGACCAAAGGCAAAGUUUCACACUCUAUAUACAUUUACAGGCGUACACACAUACAUUUAUUGUUUAUUAUUAAUAUACGCACAUACAGUAUCCUGCCUCAAUACCUCUUCCUCUGUACUACUCCCCUAACAUCCUGCCACCUGUCAAUAAAGAGUCACUUUAUCUGUCACUCACUCUAUUUUAAAGGGACUCAAGUGUAUAAGGACACAAAUAUGCCCACGAGAGAAGGCCGAACCCUGUAUUCUUCGAAAGGGAGACGGGAUGACUUAUGGGCACAGUAGCUCGCCUCUGACUUGGUCGGACUAUAGCUUAGAUGGCCAUUGCUUGUGCUUAGAGAAACACAACAUUCAAUGACCUUAAUUGAAAGCCUUACCCAUGGACUAUUGCUUCAGUCAGUCGAAUGGAUGGCACUCUCUCCUCUAAACGUGGAUACACUGUGUAACCUGCACAUGCUGGUGAACAGCUACAAGGGCCCCACAGUGGCUUAUUGGUCAGUUCUGUCCAUGGAAAAGAGUGUAGAGGAGAGUAGUUUCUGUGUGCAAAGUCCCAGCCAGCACCCCUUGGUUCUCACACUUGGGUUUCUACUUGAUCCUGACUCUCCUAGCUGUUUGUUCUGAGUGUGUACUGUUGUGAGCUUGAACCAGUGAGGGUGAAAAGCACUGGGGGGUUUCGAAUGGGAGCUCUGUGAGGUUGAAACUCUGAAGGCUUUUGUUAAGCAGAGAAAUCGAAUUCCUAGAACAGACUUAAUUCUAUUUCUAUGUUAAGCUUCUUUAACAAAUCUGGUCUGGGCCCUAGUUACAGUAUAGGCUAAUAGGUAAUACUUUCCUGGUCAGGUCACAUCGUCUGAGGAAAAACUGUGAUAGUAUAUUUUGUCUUCACAUUGUCAAAGUGCCUCAAACUAAGACUAUCUUUGAUUUCAAACCAAAAAAGGAUGGCAGUGGUUUUAAAGUACUUUAUGACUAUUCUCAGUACACAUACAUAAUGUUCAAGGACCACACUCUGUAAAUGUCUGACAUUCUCGGGAAGCACCCAACCCCACCCAGAACACAUUAAUGAAAAGUUCCCUUGUCCAAACAAUAAUUAUACUUACUGUAUUCUUGGUGGAACAGCCUCCAAAAUUCUUACUGGUUGGCUUGCACUACACUGCACUCCACUUCUGAGAAUCAAAUAUAUUGAUUCUUAUAGAUUGUAACUUGAGUUGUGAGUAUAGGAAUGUUUCUGACCAUUCUAAGAAGUUGAUUCUUACAAGCCGAGUGCACUGUAUUGACUGACUAAAGGCCUUAUUCACAUCCACUGUGGGGGAAGGGUCCCCUCAGCUGUCCUCAAUUGAAAUACCGAAACAAAUGUGACUGUGUUCUUCCUUAUUCCUUAAGACCUAUGCCUUUUAAUUUUAUUUUUUACAAAGUAGGUUGAGCUUUACCGUAUGUAAGUUUAGGUGCAAAGUCUGACAGCAAUCUUUGUUUUUUUUUGUCCUUAUUUUCACAUUUUCCAUUUAUUUAUAUUUGAUCUCUUUUAAGAGAUAUUUGUCAAACUUUUCUGUUGUGUUCAAAAAAUCAUUAUUGUUUCUGUAAAAAAUGCAUAUGGUGUGGUUCCUGAGAUGUAGAGCACAGACUAAGAGCUCACAACUAAAUUGGCUUAAAUACUCUGGUGGAGAUUCAGUCAAAGGUGCAUUGUAGAGAAAUGCACUUCACUUUUAAAGGUAAUUUGCACUUGAGCUGACAUCUAAAUGUGAUCUGGGAAUUUGGGGUUAUGUUGAUCAGUGCAGUGCGUUUGUCGACAAUGCACCUUUGAUUGAAUCCCGGGCCUCUGUCUUUUUAUCUGCGCUUGUCUGUAUUCUAUUUCAUGGUAUAAAAAUGGACCAAGUUACUGUGUUUAUUAUUGGGUAGAUGAGAGGAGUUGCGGGACUGAGAGCCUUACUGAGAGAACUAAGGUCAUAACAUAACUUUCACUAUCUUUCCCUAUGGAAUUCAUCCUUUGUUUGCCUUAUUUAUUUGUUUUGUUUACAACCCCUAUAGAUGUACAAUGAUGUUCAGUCAUUAUAAUGUAGAAUCACAACUUGGCGUGACGUAUAAAGUAAUCAUGUGUGUUUUUGGUUCCGAUAGAUAAGGGUGUGCAAAAUGCAAUACGUUUAUGAAAAACUGUUUGGACUUGUAUCCUUGAAAUAAAUACAUUAUUUUGUUGUA